AGCUUUGCGCGCGCAGGCGCAGUCAGCCUCUCCCGCGAGCGUCCAAGAUGGCGGCGCGGUCUCGUUGCGUGGAAACCGGCAAGAGGCUCUCUGUGGAAGGAAAUAUUGCGGUGGGCAAAUCCACGUUUGUGAGGCUGCUCCGGAAAGCCUUCCCAGAUUGGCGCAUGACUCUGGAGCCCGUUUCCAAAUGGCAGAAGGUUCAAGGCCCGGGGCCCCAUCCGCAGAGCCCCCAUCCUCAAGGCCUUGGGAACUUGCUCCAGAUGGUCUACCAGGACCCUGCGCGGUGGGCCUACACCUUCCAGACCUACUCCUGCCUCAGCCGCCUCAAGGCCCAGCUGGAGCCCCUGCCCACAAAACCUCCGAACGCACAGGAGGCAGUCCAGGUCUUUGAGAGAUCUGUUUAUAGUGACAGGUACGUUUUUGCCAAAAACCUCUUUGAGACAGGCCACUUGGCUGAGACAGAGUGGAUCAUCUACCAGGACUGGCACUCCUUCCUCCUGCAAGCCUUUGAGGGCCAGCUUGGCCUCCAUGGCUUCCUCUACCUCCGAGCACCUCCAGAGAUCUGCAUGGAGAGGCUGCGCCGGAGGGCCAGGGCGGAAGAGAGUGAGGUCCAGCUGCAGUACCUGGAGCAGCUCCACACGCAGCAUGAAAACUGGCUCCUGGAGAAAACCACCCAGGUCCAUUCUGAGAGCGUAAGGGAUGCUCCAGUCUUGCUGCUUGAUGUCACAAAAGAUUUUGAGAGUGAUCCAAAGGAGCAAGGAAGGCUCAUGAGCCAGGUGAAAGCGUUCCUGCAGUUGCUCUCCCCAGAGGCCCCCCAGGCCUUGCCUUCCGCUGCCUCCACUGCGGCUUCCUAGCCGAGAGAGAGAAAUGCACCUCAGGGGCCAAAUGACUUACCGAACGGUUUUACUAUCUUAACUUGGAAACCAAACCAGCUUAGUUCAACCCAAAAGGACGAGUUUGGGUCGACUGGAGGGGCCUCCAAGUCCUUGGCGUGAGAAAGGAGAAGGUGGAGGAACAGUGGCAAGAAGAACGCUUUUGCGUGGCUUGGGAAAAGUGGUCCCUGCGUAGGUCUCCCUUGGCCUGGCUGAAGCAGUGUUUACAGAGGCCCAUUUCUAGGGGAAAGAUGGGUGAACCCUUCAAUGAAUUGGAUGCUUGUGGCAGAUCUCUCAUCUACGUGGCUGAUCGUUGGUUCUUCCCUCUUCUGUUCCAUUUUCUUAGGGCAGGGAUAGGCCAACUCCAGCUCUCCCCCUAGGCUGUUAAGAAUUGUGGAAGUCCAAAACACCUGGAGGAAGAGCUAAAGUUGGCCCAUGCCUGUCUUAGGGGAAAGAGACCGAAAUCAUACCUUGUUGCCCAAUGUGAUGAGGAAAAGUGGUGCAGGGUUAUGGUUAUUUUAAAAACGAAUUUCUUCUUCUUCAUAAUAAUAAUAAUAAUAAUAAUCUUUAUUUAUAUCCCACCACCAUCUCCCCAGUGGGGACCUGGAGCGGCUUACAUGAGGCCGAGCCCGAACAACAAAUUACAAUAAAAUAAAACCAAAACACAACCGAAAACGCAAACAGUAAACAACAUCAUAAUAAAAUAAAA